AUGUCUGCUCUUCAGCAACAACAACAACAACACUCACUCAUGAACGAAGAAGAUAAAGGCUCAUCCACAACAGAAAAAUUCAAAAGAUGGCAAAAACCAUUAAUGGAUGGAGUGAUAAACGAUGAAUCACAAAAUUAUUCAACUGCUGAUGAAACUCACUACAUUCCGAAUCCAUUAAUUUCAUCAGUUUCAAAUCAUCAUUCAAUAGAGGACUUGUUAUCGAAAAAUCAAUCCGUGACAGUGUUAGAACAGGGAAAUUACAAAAUUUAUCUAGUAGGCACAGCUCAUGUUUCAGAAGAAUCUGCAAAGCAAGUAACAGAAGUGAUUGAAGAAAAGAGACCAAGUAUUGUCAUUUUGGAAUUAUGUUCAAGCAGAAGAUCUUUGUUGGUUGAAUCAUCAAGUCAUGAAAAGAAACAAGUAUCCAAUAGAGGAUUAGUGGCCUCUUUGAUUUUGAUAUUUUCUGAAUAUAUGAAGAGUUCAAACCAUUCCAAUUUAUUACAUGCAAUUUUAGGUUACUUUAUGCAAUCCGUAUCCAAUCAGUUGAAUAUCAAACUUGGAAUUGAGAUGAUUGCUGCAUAUAAAACUGCUAUACAGAUACAAUCAAAAGUAAUAUUAGGUGAUCGACCUAUUGAUAUUACCUUAAACAGAUUAUGGUAUUCUUUGAGUUGGUUUCAGAAACUCAAAUUAAUUGCAAAUAUUGUAUAUGAAUGCACACAACAAAUUACUGCCCAAGAUAUUGAAAUGUUAAAACAAUCUGAUCUCUUAACUGAAAUACUAGAAGAACUAUCAGAGACGUAUCCACAAUUGUCCAAAGUAUUAGUUGAUGAACGAGAUGCUUAUUUGACACAUUCCAUUCUGAAAGCUAUCGAAUAUUUAGAAAAUGAAAGACAAUCCAAAGAAAGAGAUUCUGAAGAAGAACAUUCGCACAGUGACUAUGCCUAUAUUUCAACAGCAUCCAACUUAUCCACAAAUAUGGACUCCACAAAGAAUUCGACAAACAUUACUGAGAUUUCUAACGAUACAUCUAUAAUCGAUAAUGUGACACAAAUAUCGUCAAGUGAUGCAGAUGAUGAAAUAUGGAAUCGUUUUGGCAAAGACGAAUUUUCACAGGCUAAGGCCUUAUCCGAUGAUGAGUUAAAUCCUCAAGACCAACUUGAUCCCAAUGCCAUAGUAUGUGUGGUUGGUGCAGGACACGUGGCAGGAAUAUCCAAAUACUUUUCAAGCCCAGAAAAAAUCAAUAGAAGAGAGAUUAUGAAACGACAAAAAGAUUCAAGGAACUUUGUGUUAAUCUUUCUCUUCAUUUCAUUUUUGUGUUACUUUUAG